CUGAACUUCAGUUUGAGUUGCAGCAGCAGCAGCAGAGGCUCAGGGUCUGAGAUAAAGGCAGGAUUGGGUGUAAAAUGGUAGGUGUGAGGAGGUGUCCUAUUUCAGUGUGUGAAGAGGCGCUGAGACCAGCCCAGGACAGCUGAUCCGGAGCCGGGGCAGGGUAGAGGUGACCGGGGUGGGCUCCACAGAGGGCUGCAGCCGGCAGAAAGAAUGGCUCAGAGCCGGGGCAUGUUCUUCUACUCUCUGCUGGAUUACAAGACCGAGAAAUUCGUGAUCGCCAAGAACAAGAAGGUGGGAGUGCUGUUCAGACUGUUCCAGCUGGGGGUGAUCGGAUAUCUGAUUGGGUGGGUCUUCUUAUGGAAGAAAAGCUACCAGGAAAGAGAGGAGGCCAUCCAGAGCUCUGUGUUCACUAAGCUGAAAGGUGUUGCCCUCACCAACAGUACAGAGCUCGGCCUCCUGGUGUGGGGUGCCGAAGACUACGUUAUACCUUCUCAGGGGGACCGAGUCUUCUUUAUAGUGACGAAUUACCUCGAGACUCCAAACCAAAGGCUGAACGUCUGCGCAGAGAGCGUAAAGGUGCCAGACGGACUGUGUAGCUACGAUGCUGACUGUCUGGAAGGAGAAACAGUCACAGCAGGACAUGGUGUGAAGACAGGCCGCUGUGUUAAUGAGACGGGGACGUGUGAGAUUUAUGGGUGGUGUCCAGUUGAGAGCAGUCGCACACCCCAGGAACCGCUGCUGGGAAAAGCAGAAAACUUUACCAUUUACAUCAAGAACUUCAUUAGAUUCCCAAAGUUUGACUUCUCCAAGUCCAAUGUUCUCUCCACCACCAACAAGUCGUAUCUGAAGACAUGCAACUACGACAGGGAGCACCACCCCUACUGCCCCAUCUUCCGUGUUGGAGACAUUGUACAGUGGACUGGUCACAACUUCCAAGAAAUGGCAGUUAAGGGUGGAUCUAUUGGAGUGGAGAUUGACUGGACCUGUGACCUGGAUAAAGACUCCUCCAAAUGCAACCCUCAGUAUAGAUUCACUCGCCUGGACGCUUCAAAAGGCUCAACAAAUUCAGUCACUUCAGGAUACAACUUUAGAUUUGCUCGAUAUUACAGAGAUUCAGACGGGCAGACCUAUCGCUCUCUGUAUAAAGUCUAUGGUAUUCGGUUUGAUAUCAUGGUUAACGGGGAGGCUGGGAAGUUUAGUAUCAUCCCUACAGUGGUGAACAUUGGAUCUGGACUUGCUUUAAUGGGUGCUGGCGUGUUCAUCUGUGAUAUGAUCCUGCUCUACAUGAUGAGCACCAGCUCCUUCUACAGAGAGAGGAAGUACGAGCCUGUUGGGAGGAAGGCAGAGAGAAAGGCCAGAGACGCAAGACACAGCAGACACCACCGGCACGCCCACGACGGCCAUCACAGGAAAGAGGAGAAGCCCCCGGUGGAGGAGCUGCCCCUCACGCCCAUGUCCUCGCCCUCCACCCACAGUCCGGACCACCAGCCUGUGCCCACAGAUUCCGCACUGAAACCCCGCAGCCCUUUAAAUAAACAGGGGCCGGACGCACCGUCGUCCAAACUCCACCGCAGCCCAGACCGGAGGGCCUUAUCCCCAGUGACCUCCUCCACCAAACCACACACCACACAGACAUUCGCCAACACCAUCAGGACUGUGUUCUAAUACAGGACAUGAAGAUGUGAUGCCUGAAUUAAAGCUCAUGCAGAUGUCCUUCCACCUGUCAGUCAGCUUUCAGAGAUCUGUGGGAACUCAAAGGGUGUCUUCAGGCCUCCUCUGAUUAAAGUUAUGCCAUCAUUAAUGCCAUUCGUGACCAAAUUUAAGACAAUAUCCCACAUUUUUAAAAAUAGUACAAUAAAGAUUCAAGUAAUAGUACUUAGUACCAAGUGAAAGUGUGGGUACUGUAACACAAAAAGUAAAAUACUCGAAUAAAAAAAUGGGUACUGUAGCAAAAUCUCUAACUCAAGUAAAAGUACUCCAAGUCAGAGUAUUGGUACUGUAUCGAGAAUAUAUCUUAAGUAUUUAAAUAAAACAAUAAGCACUGUACUGGACAUAUGGGUACUGUACCAAAUUUGACUCAAGUAAAAGUACUUAAGUAAAUGAACUGGUACUGUACCAAUAGUUUGACCAAAAUAUUUAAGUAAAAGUACCAAAAAUCUGACUUAAGUAAAAGUAUUUAAAUUGUUACAGUUAUGUAUUUUCAAUAAUAAUUUUAACUUUCAACUAAGUAUUGUUACUUAAGUCAGAUUCUUGGUGCAGUACCAGUACUUAAGAUGAAAGUAUGAGUACUGUAUCAAAUAUGAUUUAAGUAAAAGUACUUAAUUAUUAUCAUUGGUACUAUACCAGAUUUGACUUAGAAAAAAAAACUUAAGUAAAAGUCUAGAUGCUGCACCAAUAUAUUAACUAAUCAAAAGUACUUAAGUGGAAUUAUGAGUACUGUACCAAAUUUGAUUUAAGUAAAAAACAUUUGGUACAGUACCAAAUUUGAGUGAAAGUCUAGAUGCUGUACCAAUAUAUGAAUUAAUUAAAAUAACUUAAGUUAAGGUAUGGGUACUGCCCCAAAUUUGAUGUAAGUAAAAAUACAUCAUUAGUAGCACUGGUACUGUACAAAAUUUGACCCAAGUAAAAAUACUUACAGUCUAGGGCUGUGCCAACAUAUUAAUUAAUUAAAAGUAUUAAGUGAAAGUAUGGGUACUGUACCAAAAUCUGAAUCAAUAAGAAGUACUUAAUUACUCAAAGUAUUAGUACUGUACUUAAUUGUGACUCAAUUAAAAGUACAAGCCUAGAAGUAUUGGUACUAUUCUGAAAUUUAUCCCAAGUAAAAAAUAUAGUUACUUACUCAAUAUAUUGAGGGUACUGCAGCAAUAUUUAUCUACAGAAAACUGUGCCGAACCUUGACUCAAGGUGAGUUAAAGUAAAGUAAAACACAAACAUAAUUAUAGAUGAUUUAAAUAAAACAGA